AUGAAUGAGAAUGUCAACAUUGUGUUUGUGCUUCAGGGUCUGAACGACUCAGUGACGAACCGUCAGAUCUACUUUGCCAUCGCUCUGAUGUCCUACCUGGUCACCAUCUUGGUGAACCUGACCCUCAUCCUCACCGUGUGUCUGGAUAAAGCCCUCCACCAGCCAAUGUACAUUUUCAUGUGCAACCUGUGCUUCACUGGGCUCUGUGGAGCGUCCAGCUUCUACCUGAAGCUGCUCCUAGUCCUUCUGGCAGGCACUCACCUCAUCACGUACACCGGCUGCUUGACGCAGAUGUUUUUCACUUAUAUCUACACCUUCUGCAAGUUCACCAGUUUGACUGUCAUGGCGUACGACCGUUACCUGGCCAUCUGCCAGCCGCUGCGUUACUGGGCUCUGAUGACGGGCAAGAAGGUAGCGCUGCUGUUGCUUCUCACCUGGUGUCUGUCUCUGUUAGAAACAACUGUAGGCAUUCUCCUGAUCAGCAGGCUGUCGUUCUGCAGCCACCGUAUGUCCAGGAUCUUUUGCACCAGUUGGGAGGUGGUCAAGCUGUCCUGCUCAGACACCACCGCCAACAACUUGUACGGCAUGAUGAUCAUUAUCCUGCACACAUUGCAGAUCAUAAUCGUCCUGGUCUCAUACAUGCACCUGAUUCGAAGUGCUGCUCGCUCUCAGACCGACCGCAGGAAGUUUGUUCAGACAUGUUCUCCUCACCUCGCCUCGCUGCUCGUCUUCUCCAUCUCUGUGCUGUUUGACACUCUGUAUUCUCGUUAUGGCAGCAGCUCCAUGGCGGCGCUGCAGAACGCGCUGUCUGCAGAGUUCCUCGUGGUGCCGCCCAUCGUUAACCCCAUCAUCUACGGCAUGAACCUGCGUCACAUCAGGAUCCGGAUCCGCCUCUGGUUCACCACAGUGAACCCACAGAGAUCGUCCUCAAAAUAACGUCGAGCCUGCGUUUGAUUAAACUUUAAAACCCAGUAGGAAAUAUAUGCCUGAGACUUUGGUCUUUCAUCUGGUACAUAUGUUUUCUUGUGGUCAUAGUUCUGUUGUUGUAACUGUAACAUGAGUGUUUAGAUCUCGAGUGUUUAUGUCUUCUUCACAAUACAAUUGACCAUAUUAACUAGUCAGUAAGAUAAUAUUUACUGAAAAAACAAAAUUUAAAUCCACCAGCUGGUCUAUCAAAAAAAUAAC